ACACUGCUCAGUUGUCAAACAAAGCUGUUACUUUUUCCAAAACAAAAACAUUCCGUCCAACUUUUCUCUCGAAUUUUUUGCAUUUUCCCCUAGAUUUUCCGCCCAAUUCAUUGUAAAUCAGCUUCAUUAAACAUGUCUUGUGCCUGUGCGUUUCAAUGGUGAGAUAAAAUAGUGCAAAAAGUCUGUUUUUUCGUGUGUUGACUACGCCCCUUGUGAUUCAUAAAUGCAAAAUCUGUUUAUUGCUUUUCUGGCCUUGGGCACCUUCCUGACCGGUGCCCUGGCCAAUGACGGGAGUGUUGGGUGUUUUAAGAAGAAUUUUCGCAAUUUUCCCACCAAUUUGCACGUCGGCACCGUGACAGAAUGUGCCGAAAAGUGCCAGGAAGUCUUCUACAAGUAUGCUGCUAUUCAGAGUACAUCUUGUGGUUGCACCAAUACCUAUCCAACGGAAAAACUCGACCCGGCCAAAUGCAACAUUCGCUGUAGCAAGAAUUCUGCCCAGUUCUGCGGUGGAGAUGAUGUUGAGAGUUACUAUGAGACUAAUCUCCAAGUUCCUGGGCCCCCAAAGCAUCUUGAGGUGAAUCUGAGUACAGUCAAAAACACCUCAUUGACAGUCCAGUGGAAUGCACCAGAAUCAAGGAAUUUCCUUGUAAUUUAUGCAAUUACGGCCAAAGUCCUGCAUACUUAUGCUACCAGGAUGCUCGGUCCCAUCGAAUGGAGAGCUGACAGUGGAGAUACCCAACAGGAACUUGUUGAUCUCCAUCCAGCGACCAGAUACAACAUCAGUGUGACGAGUCUUUCAGCCACAAAAGAAGGAGGAAGUGCAUGGGUACAAGUUGAAACUGCCGUUGGGAUUCCCAGUCAGGCUCCACCUGAGCCCAAGAUUCUGGCCAGGGAUGAGAGAACCAUUACAGUGGAGAUUAAUCCAGUGCAAAAUGAAAAUGGUCCAGUUACAUUCUACCGAGUUGUCGUGGUUUUCGUCAAUUACGGCCUCAUCCAGAACUUCGAUCUGACCCUACUGAAGGACUACCGUGGCUCCCGGGAAGAUGGUACACAGUACUACGUUGCUGCAGAAUUGGAUCUGAAGAACAUGAGCCGGUUGUUUAGGGUGGGAGAUGGACAGAAUUACAGGGGCUACUACAAUGCUCCAUUGCCGGAAAAUAGCCAUGUUCACAUCAAGAUUGGCGUCGUCAGCACCCUGAGUGGCGUCACAACCUAUCGCUACAGCGAUGAUUCGCACGAUCAGCACGACAAUCUCACUUUUGACGCAGCUGGAGAUUCUGACGAAGACAACAGCACAAUGAUCGCUGUUCUGACUGUGGCAUGCGUCAUUCUGGGCCUUCUGCUGGUGGGAAGUGUCGUCAUGUACUUCUACCUGAGGAAGAGAGUAACAUCGACUCGCAGAAGAUUCACGGAUGUCCACGAAUUGACGCUCCAAGGACCCAUUGUGGAGAUUGAGAACAAUGGCUUCAUCGGCGAUGAACUGGACAAAGGAAAUUUUCAAGAGCAACUGAAACUGUUGCUGGAUAAAGUAUCUUCGUCGCAGAAGAUUCCGAGAAAUGUUCUUUCGAUGGAAAUUGACAAUAUCCUGGCCACAGGACGCUUUGGAGAUGUCAUCCAGGGAAGGGUGAAUUCCGUUGGGGACAUCCAUCAGUGCCACAUUCACGUGGUUUCCGAUGACAUGGAGCAACAUGAUCAGAGUCUCUUCCUCAAGGAAUUCGACCAAGUCCUGAGGGUGACUCCUCAUCGAUCCCUCCUGACCUUCCUGGGUGUUUGUCAGACCAAUGACUGGAUGUACAUGAUCUUCGAGGGUUGCAGCAUGAAUCUCAAGAAACGUUUGGUAGACUCUCGUCUUCCGCCCAAUUUUGAUCCUCGCCGGAUGACAUCUCUGUCUGAGGAGUUCAUCCUGCGUAUCCUCUGUGACAUUUGUGAUGCCAUGGAAUACCUAUCGGCCAAUAAGAUUGUCCAUAGACAACUUUGUGCUCAUAAUAUCAGCCUAACGGUUGAGGAUGAAGCCAAAUUGUCGAUUUUUGGACCGACUCUCUUCACAGAGGACAACAAAAUUAUUGAUUUGACACGCUUCCAGCCACCAGAAGUGCUCAAGUUCCAAAAUUACUCAAGUGCCAGCGAUGUAUGGUCAUUUGGGUGCCUCAUGUGGGAAUGUUGUACAGUUGGUGGGACACUAUUUCCGAGUGUGCCGGCUGUUGAUCUUCUGGGAAGGUUGAAAAAUGGGGUUCGUCCUGAACAAACACCCUUCCUCUUUGACGAUCUCUAUCAACUCAUGCUGAAUUGUUGGCAACUCGAUUCACGGGAACGUGUUACCUUUACCGAGAUUGCCAAUUCCCUCCAUCAGAUGCUGACAACAUCGCCCAGGCACGUACUGAAUCUGGACAGGAGAGACAGAGUAACAUUGCCCUACUACUUACCGCUGCUAGAAAUCAAAAAUUAGCACUGAAUACAUUCCAACCGUCCCCGAAGGAUCUUCUUCUCUCAUGAAUCUCAAAGGAGAAAUUCCACGGUAUUUUUGUGCAUUUUUUUUUACUUAAAAAGUUAGACUUUUAAAAUAAAGACGAAAAAGUUCAAAGCA